AUGAACAAUUGGAUUGAAGAGGAUAGCGAAGUUGACGAUUUUACCGACGAACAAAGUGGUUCAGAAACAGAAAAUGAUGAAAGUCAAACAUCAGACGCUGAUGAUGAAAUUGGUUUAGAAGAUCUUAAAUUAACCGAAGGAACAUUACGAAAAAAUAAACCAGAAAUACCUAUAGAAUUUCUAUCAAAUAAAACUCGUGAAGUUGGUUCUUCGCUUUUUGGUUUUGAAGAUAAUUUAACUUUAGUUUCCUUUGUACCAAAAAAUAAUAAAGCUGUCUUAUUACUUUCUUCGAAACAUCAUGAUAAUCAGGUGGACAAUAAGACUGGAAAACCAAUUAUUGUUUUGGAUUAUAAUAAAACCAAGGGAGCUAUUGAUACUGUUGAUCAAAUGUGCCACAAAUAUACAGUAAAAAGAGGUACAAAGCGGUGGCUGCUUUGUAUUUUCUACGGUAUGAUAGAUAUCGCGGCUCUAAAUGCUUUUAUUUUAUGGAAAGCGAAAAAUCCAGAAUGGAAUCGAAAUAAGAGAUAUCAACGGCGAUUAUUUUUAGAAGAACUUGGACUUAGUCUAAUAACACCUCUGUUGGAUUUUCGUUCAAAAAACUCAAAAUUUCUACAUAAAGAUAUUCAAAAUGCUUUAGCUAUUGUUGGUCAUUCUAUAACGAGAAGAAAUUCAGAAGAAUCAAAUGAAGAUUCUGCACAAGGAAAACGAAAACGGUGUUCAAUGUGUGAAACAUCUAAAGACAGAAAAACUUCAACUAUAUGUUAUAAAUGUUCUGCAUUUGUUUGUAACGAACAUAGAAAAGAUGCUGGUUAUCGAUCAAUUGUAUAUGUAUUUAUUGAUUCAAAUGUAUAUAAAGGUUCAAAUAAUGCCGAACACAAUCAUCCACCAAAUCAUCAUAAUGUUAAACGUUUAUUAAUAUUACAAAAAGUGAAAGAGAGAGUUUUAUUAGAACCAACACCUUUUACUCGUAUAAUCGAAGAUGAAUAUAUACAAAAUAAUUUGAACAAUGAUGACCGAUGUCAUUUUUUAUUACCACAAACUCAAGGUAAGCAAGACUAUUACAAUUGA